ACUUAAAAUAAAUAGUUGUGAUUUUGUGUCGCGUGUAUUUUAUAGUUAUUUAUUUUAUAAGUGAUAUUAUACAACAUGAUGUUAAUUUACGCGUGCACUUUAUUAAUAACAACGAUACGCGCAAUGCAACCAAAUGAUUUGCGUCAUUUUGUGCCGAACGUUGGCACAGUACUGUUCACUGCCAGUGAUAUGCAAAAGAGACAGUGGACCAAGUCAGAAUUAAGUCUUCUGCGAGCUAGAAGAUAUUUCCAGACGCUCCUUCCUCCGCCAAUCUUCAUAAACACAUUCAAUGAGGAUUAUGUAAAUAUUCUACUAGGAUACUUCAGAGACGCUUACGCAUCCAUCAAAAGAGAGUCUGCCGACCCUGAAACCGACACCAUCAUGACCACAGCUCUGUCAGACGCAAUAGGGGGAUACCUCAAAGUAUGGGUCCUACCCAUCGCAAAAUUGGACUACUAUGGAGGCACGGUAUCUCAGCAGAACGUAAUCAAACUGUUCCAAUUUUACAACGAAAUCAAAAGAUACUUAGACACAGAUGGUACUGGCUGGCGCAGACCUGAUGAAAACGUACUCAAUUCCAUAACAAUCAACGUUGCUCCUCUCAAAUUACUAUCAAACACUAGAAGCAUGAAAGACCCUUGUGAAAAUCUAGCGUACUUUGAGAAGACCCCGGAUGGCUUAGGUAUACCAAUCCCAAACGUGAAUUGGAACGACAAAUCGAGCACGAUGUUCAUACCUCUUAAGAAUGUGUCCUUGAUAAUGUUGAAUAAUCCAAAUACAGCCCAUCAUCUGAUGAAGUACUACGAUGCUGCAAGAAGCUGUAUUCAAUUCAGUAAUCCUCAAGAUCAGGACAUUUUUGACGAAAAAUUUCAAGAAUGGCUGGCAAACGAAAUAGUGCCGCACUUGAAGGACGAUGAAUUAUAUCUUGCACUCGGAAGCGUACUUACAUUGGUGAACAGAACCCGGGAUCUUUGUAACAAUGUCAUUGAUACGUACGGCAGCAGGUAUAAUGCGGAAGCGCCACCAAAAACGUGCGACUUAGGAUGUAAAAAAAUGUGGAUUAUAACAAUUAUAUUAAUUAUAGAAAUAGCCUGGUGUAUACCAGCAUUACUUUAUAUAUUGUGCGCCAAAAAGUCGCACAACAAAAAAGACUGUACUAGUAAUGUCUACCUUUAUUUAGACGGCAACAAGUUUGAUAAAAACCCUAAAGCUACAAGUUUCAAAACAAUAUCAACUUGUGUUACUGAGUUACCACCUACAGAAAAUGGAGAAGCGCCUUCUUCUUGUCUGAAAAGUGGUUUGAAGGGAAAACAUAGAUCUCACCACAGUAACAUGGAAGCUGAAGGCCAAUGUCCGUCAAAGGCCCAAACCUGCGUUGUCGGAAAUGAAUCAUAUUCAGAUAGUGGAUCCAGAGAACUGCCAGGCGAUGUUAGGGGCAAUGAUGACAUUACUCUUAAAAUUUCGGAUUCCCAAAUUUGCAAGAAAUCAGCACUGAAGAAAAGCUCUCGUACUGCUAGAGAACGUUGUAACUCUACGCAAUUAGUGGUUCUAUCUAGUCAUGAUGCGUUCAAUAUUGGUCCUCAACGAAGUGAAUAUAGCUAUGCUACGUUGCACACUCCACCAGCACCUUGUUCCUCACCUAUACUAGGCCAACCAUUAAGUGUUCUAAAAAGUAGGAGACGUCGUGAGAAAGAUGAAUAUAGAAGACUCGAAAAACAAAGAUUUGAUGAUUGCAGUAGAAGCGAACGCAGAAAAACCGAUGAGAUUAAGAAACAGGAAGAUCGUAGGAAACUAGAAGAUAGUAGAAAACAGGAAGCAUAUAGAAAGGCAGAGGAAAAUAGAAAACUUGAAGAAUUUAGAAAACAUGAAGCAUGUAAAAAGGCAGAGGAAAAUAGGAAACUUGAAGAAUUUAGAAAGCAUGAAGCAUGUAAAAAGGCAGAGGAAAAUAGAAAACUUGAAGAAUUUAGAAAGCAUGAAGCAUGUAAAAAGGCAGAGGAAAAUAGAAAACUUGAUGAAAUGAAGAAAGUUGAAGAACGUAGAAAAGCUGAAGAAUGUAAAAAACGUGAAAAAUUAGAAGAAUGCAGAAAAGUUGAAGCAUGCCGAAAACUGGAAAAACAAGAAGAAUAUAAGAAGCAUAAAUCACCUGAAGAGUACAAGAAAGUACAGGAUCGCAAGAAAGUUGAAGAGCGCAGAAAACUUGAUGAAAUUAUAAAACAUGAUGAAGUCAGAAAACAUGAUGACGUUAGAAAACAUGACGAGUGUCGAGAGGUUGAUGAAUGUAGGAAACUCGAAGAUCACAGGAAAGCCGAGGAAAGUCGGAGACAUAAGAAACCCGAAUACAGUAAGAAACCCGAACACAGUAAGAAACUUGAAGAAUCUAGAAAAUUGGAAGAAAACAAAAAGAUCGACGAAGGUCGAAAGCUUGAGGAAGCUAGACAAUUACAGGAAUAUAAACGAGUGGAAGAGUGUAGGAAAAUAGAUAAAUUAUUCGCUGAAUCUAUGGACUACUGCGAAGACAAAGAUGUGUGCAGAUUAUUUGAUGAAUGUAGAGAUCUCAAUCAUCUAGCUGAUAGCAAAAAACGUGACGAAUAUAACGAGCGAAGUGGUAGCCGCACUGAGGAAUCUUGUAUAGUUAGCGAAAUUAAAUAUGAUACCUCAAAAUCACCACUAGAAUAUCAAGAAUGCUGUGCUUAUGAGGAAACGGUCGACGUAGUGGAAUGUCUUGAUACAGGGCCCUGCAGAAAACCUUGUCCUUGCACUGACUGCAUGACAAAAGGUUGUUUUGAUUCAACAUCAAAUUCCACAUGCCGCGAGGUUACUUCAGAGAGCCCUAGCGGCUCGAAAUGUCUAUCAGACAAACAGGUCGAAACAAAGAACACUCGGUUUCAAGUGACUAAGGAGUUAAGAACUGUUAGAACCAGCACGAAACAAAUAACUAAAAGUUCAGUGAAACCUUAUUUAGAAAUUACAAUCGAUAGGCCUGUCACGGAAAUUUGCGUGGAUAUUACGAGGCAACAUAAGAGGCCGAGUAGGAUACCUAAGCUUGCUAGUAGUGUCUUUACAAGUAAACUGCCUUCUACGUCAAACGCUCCUGUAGAAAAACAUAAAAGCUUGAUUCCACAACUCAAAAAGAAAACUGUUGACGAUAUGGCUAUAGCACAGUCCCGAUGCUCAAGAUCGUCAGAAAGUGCUAAAUUAAAUGACACAUUCUAAUUCGAAAUUUUGACCAAAGAAAAGUUAGUUUUAUUCUAGUUGAUAUUGUUAUUAUAUAAUUUUAGUUCUUA